CCACCUCGCCCCAGUUCCCGGCGAUGCCGGCCCCGGGGCAGGCUCAGCGCCCUGCGCGGCCCAGCGGGCCCGGUGCCGCUCCGUGCCUCCCGGUGCCGCUGCGCAGCGUGGGGGUGCCCGGGGCCACCGCCCUGGGGUCUGCGGUGCGCGGCGGCGGCAGCGCCCGGGGCAGCCCCGCUCCCCCCGGCCACCUCCCCGGGGGCCGCCCCGCGCACCCCCACAGGGUCCGGGCACUGCAAACCCACCCGGGGUCCCCCGGCCCCGGGGUGACCCCAGCCCCCCUGUCCCCUGGCCUUGCCCGUCUGCGGGGGCCCCUCCAGGGUGGGGUGCCAGGGCCUGGCCGGCAGAGAAGGGCGCUGGGGGCUGGCUGGGGUCGGGGCGUCCCUUGCUGCCCCUGGUGUGCUGCUCAGCCCUCACCUGGAUGCCAGCGCCGGGGUGCUAGGAUGGAGCCACCGUGGGGCCCUGGGCCAGUUCAGCCCACCCACCCCCUCCCUGCUGCUGCCGGACCAGGGCCGGCUGCCUUCCUCUGAGGCCAUCUGAAGGGGAGCUGGCGGGAGAAGAGUCGCUUUUAAGAUGACACGAACAGACCCACCUGACAUCCUGGUGUCUACGGUGUACCAAGACAUAAAAGUGGCCACCGCAGCCCCCGGGGAUUCGAUUGUCUGCCAGCCCUUGGCACAAUGUGACGCCUCCAUGUCCUCGUCCCUGACCCACGAGCCGCAGCCCUUCAACAAGCGCCAUUGCAGGAGCUUCGACUUCCUCGAGUCGCUGGACGAGCAGCUGGGUACCCCCCCGGCCAUGGAGCGCCCUUGCCCGCGCCCCGGCACCCCCGAGCCCACGCCAGGGCUGCCGGGCAGGCGGGCGCCGCCAAAGCCGGACCCUUACACCGGCAGAGCCCCACCGCCGAGGAGCGAGCCGAAGCGACGUGCCCGCUCGAAGAGCGCGCCGCGGGUGAAGUCCACCUUCACCCCCGUGCCGAUCAGCGUCUCGGCGUCACCGCCGCCGGCCCGGCGUGGGCGGGAGGCGCUGCGGGUGGCCCGGGAGCCCUCCCGCCCCGAGCCCUCGCCGCGCCGCGAGAGCCAGGUUCCCCUGCGGGCGCUGGCUAACGAGGUGCACCCCAUCAAGCUGCAGCCGCAGCGCAGCAGCGUCAGCCGCAUCUCCCCGCUCUGCCUGGGCAGCAACUGCUUCGAGGAGGGGCCGGGCGCCAAGGUGGGCGCCAGCCCCCACGUCAAGUGCCGGGUGGACAUCAAGCCGGACGAGGCGGUGCUGGUGCAUGCCGCGCGCAGCCUGCGGGCAGCCCAGAACCGCCAGGAACCGCCACGCUGGCCCCGUGCACCUGGGGCUGCCCGCAGCCUGGCGGUGCCGGGGAGCAGGCAGGCAUCCGCGUCCCGCACGCCCACCCCCAGCGACUCCUACAGCGGGGACCCCCAGUUCCUUCCCUACCCCAGCGAGUACUACGAGGCGGACCCCCGGGCGCUGGCAUACCAGACGGUGCCGGUGCCGGCCUCGCGGGACUUCAGGGAGUACCCCGAGAGGGGCUGCAUGACCUUCUCGGCCCCCGGUGUCCCCGCCAAGUUCUUCUAUGCAGAGGAGCCGGCGCGGUGCCCCAGCCCUGCCAUGCCCCUCCGCAGCUCCAGCUACGCCAGCUACCCCUACCCCGGCCGCCACGCCAUCCCCCAGCACUUUUACGCUGAGGACCCGGCCAAAACCGCCAUCCACACAGUGCCACCCCGGACGGUGUACGUGGAGGAGGCGCGGGGCUACCCGGUGCAGGAGGCGCCUGCCCGUGCCUUCUACGGGGACGAGCCCCGCUUUUAUGCCCCUCGCGGCACCCCUGUCAAAACCCUCUAUGCCGAGGACGCCCGGACGUACCCGGCCCUCGGCUCCUCUUCCCGGGUCUUCUACGCCGAGGACUACGGGAAGUACCGGGAGCGGGAGAUGCUGUCGCGGACGUGCCCUCCGCCCCGCAGUGCCCAGCCCUUGCACUUCGGCGACUGGUACUGCCCUGAGCGGAGUGCGCUGCCCUACCAGACCUUGCAAGUGUCGCGCUUCGCCCCACAACCACCUGGGCGUGAGGCCAUGGUCUCCUCCUGGCAUGCCAGCUAUGGCGUAACCCCACCGCGGCUUGGCCGGGAAAGCCAGCACUACUCCAAAUCCUGGGAUAACAUCCUGGCGCCGGCGGCACGCAGGGAGGAGGUCCUGCAGCGCGGGCGCAGCUAUGAGAACCUGCUCGCCCAGGAGCAGCACCGUGCCUUAUCCCCUGAGGAGCGCCGGCAGCCAGUGGUGAUCAACCUGUCGAGCUCACCCAAGCGCUACGCUGCCCUGUCCCUCUCGGAGAGCUCCAUCCUUGAGAGGGUGCACGCCGAUGGUGGCCGAGGCCCUCCAGGCCGCUCCUGGUACGUCACACCGGAGAUCACCAUCACUGACAAUGACAUCCGUGCUGAUGGGCUGGGCAGGAGCGAGAGGCGCUCGGCCAGCUGGGACGUGCUGGAUGGGGGGCGGGAGCGCGGUCCCUACGCCGUGCCCUGCACCCCACAGCCCGUCCCCAGGGAGAGCAGCUCGGGGCGCCAGCGCAGCCUGGAGCAGCUGGAUGAGCUCAUCACUGACCUCGUCAUCGACUACAAGCCGGCACCAGGCCAUUGUGCCGGGGACAGGGACAGCCUCGCUGAGCAACUCAAGCAGCUUCUGAGCAGCAGCGCCCCGGGGCCCCCCCGGCGGGGUGAGGGCAGGAGGGUCCCCCCUGGCGUGCCUGAGGGACCCCGACCCACGAAGGAGCAGCCGGGUCCCAGCUCCCACGCCAGCGCCCCGCGCCCCCAGCCUGCCCCACUGUCUGUCGGUCCCUUUGAGAAGUCACCAGAGAACUGCUCGCCCGACCUGAGCGCGGAGGAGGACGACAUGAUGAUGUGCUCCAACGCCAAGUGCCGGCGGACGGAGACCAUGUUCAACGCCUGCCUCUACUUCAAGUCGUGCCACAGUUGCUAUACCUACUACUGCUCCCGGCACUGCCGCCGCGAGGACUGGGACACACACAAGGAGAGCUGCGUCUACGGGCGCGUGGGCAGCAUCUGCCGCCACGUCCUGCAGUUCUGCCGGGAGAACACCGAGGUGCACAAGGCCUUCUCACGCAUUGCCAAGGUGGGCUACCUCUCCCGUGGCCGUGGCGUCCUCUUCCUGGGCUUCCCGAACGCCGGCUCGGCCGAGAACUUCCUCCAGUUUGGGCUGGAGAGCCUGCUGAUGUCCCCCACCUACCUGUCCCUGCGGGAGCUGGAGAGCUACUCAGACAACCUGGGGGAGUACGCGCGGGAGCUGCGGGAGACGGGCAACCAGUAUGACCCCGACGAAUGUUUCCUCCUGAAUGUAACCGUGGCUGUCACCCAAAAAGUGCCAGAGAGGCCGUCGCCGAAGAUGCAGGUGCCGACGGUCAGGAAAUACGCCAAGGUGGCCUUAGCCUCCUCCAGCCCCGAGAAGAAAAUCCUGAAGAAGGAGCGGGACAUGGAGACGUUGAUCCUGACACCCCCACCCGGCACGGCGGACAUCGACAAGGAGGGGGAGGAGGGCCGCAAGGCGCGGGAGGUCUGCUUCAUCAACAUCCAGCGGGAGCUGCGCAUCCGUGGCGUCUUCCUGCGGCAUGAGUUCCCCGCAGUCUACGAGCAGCUCUGCGACUUUGUGGAGAGCAACAAGCGCUUCACCCCUACCACCAUCUACCCCAUCGACAAGAGGACAGGCAAACAGUUCAUGUGCAUGAUCAUGGCAGCCUCCGAGCCCCGCACCCUCGACUGGGUGGCCAGCCCCAACCUCCUGGAUGACAUCAUGUGAACGUGGGGUGGGGACCCCUCCCCCGGCACCCCCGGGUCACCCCCCUUUGUAGAUAGGUGUUGCCCUGUCCGCACGGUGGGACGGGGACCCCCUCUCGGAUGUGGCACCGAGGGGAGGAGGCUGCGAUGGGCUGCGGGCGGCCGGCGUUGGCUGGGGGGGGGCUGUAGCCAGAGCAGUGGGCGGGCCGGGCUGGGGGAGGCCGUGAAGCGAUGGGAGCACAGGACGAGGUUUGCUGUGGGGCACAGGUCCCAGCCAGCAUCCUGGUAAGACCCCACAGAGCCCUCUCAGGGUGAGCAGUGCCUGGCUAGGGCGGGGGCACGCCAGGCACCCCCCCCCCCCAGCCUCUGCCCACCGGACGGCCUGGCUGCCUGCACACGCAGAGCCCCCUGUGCCUGCCCACGCACCCUGCCUGCACCCGGGGCCCUGCCCAGCCCUCCGGGCCGUGCCCCCCAGCACCUGGGGUCCCGUGGACCACCGCAGCGCCGCUGAGGCUGCACCGAGUCCAUGGGUGCUGCUGGCGGCUCUAUAGUCUGCAGCAGGGGCCCCAUACGGUUCGCGGGUGGGAGCUGGGUUGCACAAGGUCUCUGUUCCUAUAGCGUCUGUGUGUCCUGAGCAUGUUACCGUAUGAUCUUUAGAUGCAGCGGGGAGCCUAUGAGGGUGGCUGUAAGGCACCCUUGGGUGCCCCCCGGGACCCUCUCCGUGAGGUCUCUGGGUACAGGGUACAGUCCCGGCAGGGGGGCAGGGACUGCGGGGGGUCCCUGCCCGUUGACGCUGGCAGAGGGCCACGCUGCGGCCCCGGCUGUGCGCAGUGCCGGGUGCGGAGCCAGGCCUGGCCCAGGGGUGCCGGGGCAGGGCGGUGGGCGGCCACGGUGCUGCCGGGGAGCCCAGCCACAUCGCCAGGGCUCGGGGUGAAGGACCCGAGUGGGGCUGGCAGGGCCGGGCGGGGGUGGCUGUGCGCGGCGGGGGCG